AUGGUCGUGAUGAUGGAGUGGAGUGGUGGGUUGUGUGGGGGAGAUGAGGGGCACUUGUGUUCUAGAGAGAUCAAGUGGUGUGAUGGGGUGAGGGGGUACGUGGUGGACAACGGGGGCGGAGGGUAUGGGGGGGGUGACGACAACCGGGAGCGUGGUGGACAAGGGUGGCAAGUGGAAGGGGGACACACGGGCAACCUCAAGUGGGAGUCGACCAUCAGCUCCAUCACCUCCUCCAUCACCUCCAUCACCUCCUCCAUCACCUCCUCCAUCACCUCCAUCACCUCCUCCAUCACCUCCUCCAUCACCUCCUUAUCACCUCCUCCAUCACCUCCUCCAUCACCUCCUCCAUCACCUCCUUAUCACCUCCUCCAUCACCUCCUCCAUCACCUCCUCCAUCACCUCCUCCAUCACCUCCUUAUCACCUCCUCCAUCACCUACUCCAUAACCUCCUCCAUCACCUCCUCCAUCACCUCCUCCAUCACCUCCUCCAUCACCUCCUUAUCACCUCCUCCAUCACCUCCUCCAUCACCUCCUUAUCACCUCCUCCAUCACCUACUCCAUAACCUCCACCAUCACCUCCUCAUCACCUCCCCCAUCACCUCCUCCAUCACCUCCUCAUCACCUCCUCCAUCACCUCCUCCAUCACCUCCUCCAUCACCUCCUCCAUCACCUCCUCCAUCACCUCCUCAUCACCUCCUCCAUCACCUCCUCCAUCACCUCCUCCAUCAGCUCCUCCAUCACCUCCUCCAUCACCUCCUCAUCACCUCCUCCAUCAGCUCCUCCAUCACCUCCUCCAUCACCUCCUCAUCACCUCCUCCAUCACCUUCUCCAUCACCUCCUCCAUCACCUCCUCCAUCACCUCCUCAUCACCUCCUCCAUCACCUUCUCCAUCACCUCCUCCAUCACCUCCUCCAUCACCUCCUCCAUCAGCUCCUCCAUCACCUCCUCCAUCACCUCCUCCAUCACCUCCUCCAUCACCUCCUCAUCACCUCCUCCAUCACCUCCUCCAUCACCUCCUCCAUCACCUCCUCCAUCACAGUGUGGUUCGCUGGAGCCACAGUCAGGGACAAACAGUGCACUGUGCGCUCUGCAGAGCACACAGUUUCUGCAAAAACUGAAGGAUUGUAUCUGUUUGGAUUGUUCUGUGGUGAUCUAUGA